GUAACAAUUCUGUGUCCCUCAGUAACAAUUCUGUGUCCCUCAGUAACAAUUCUGUGUCUGUCCCUCAGUAACAAUUCUGUGUCCCUGUCCCUGAGUAACAAUUCUGUGUCCCUAAGUAACAAUUCUGUGUCCCUAAGUAACAAUUCUGUGGCCCUCAGUAACAAUUCUGUGUCCCUCAGUAACAAUUCUGUGUCCCUCAAUAACAAUUCUGUGUCCCUAAGUAACAAUUCUGUGUCCCUAAGUAACAAUUCUGUGUCCCUCAGUAACAAUUCUGUGUGUCCCUCAGUAACAAUUCUGUGUCCCCUAAGUAACACAUUCUGUGUCCCUAAGUAACAAUUCUGUGUCCCUAAGUAACAAUUC